GGCGUCUUUUUUUUUCCUCGAUUGCCCCCAAUCCGUGGCUUCGCGUCCGCCGGUGGCCUGGACGGCGAUUCCCAACCACCGCUGCAGGAAGACCCCGCGACUCCACCAGAGCACGGGCAAGGCCGGCCGACAUGGCGCCCGUAGUAACAGCGCCGGCGGCGGCUCUCUCGCCCACCUGCCGCGUCUCUCUCCCGGCCCGCCGCUCCCGCAGCGCUUUCCCCUCUUCUUCCGUCAAACAGCUCCCCAGGUUCGCGGCCAGGAGUAGCAGCGGCAACGGCGGCGGCACACGUCCCGACCCCAAAGCAGGUGAUAACGAGAGCAAGGCGGUCCUCGACGCCUUCUUCCUCGGGAAGGCCUUGGCGGAGGCGCUCACCGAGAGGGCCGAGUCGGUGGUGGGCGAGGUGUUCAGCGUCGUCGGGCAGUGGCAGGCGGAGCAGCAGAAGCAGGUCCAGGAAUUCCAGGAGGAAGUAGUUCAGAGGGCCCAAAAAGCCAAGGAGAGAGCUGCUGUGGAGGUCGUUGAUGACAAGGGCCCAAAGACUCUAAGGGGACCUUCGACAACCAUUUCGACGCCUGCGCCUUCGUCCCCUCCUACUACACCCACACAGGGAGAAUAGUUAUAGUUGACGAUGAAGAGUUUCUGCUGCAUGUAGACACACUUUUUUGCUCAGACAAGGUGAAGAUAUUGUCUUAUGAGAUAUGUAUCGAUCAAAUUGUCCUUUAUUUGAUAGCGAAAAUCAAGCUUUUCACUUAGUAACAUCUGUGGUACAAUUUCACAAAUGAAUGGAUAAAGUCUAUUAGUUCGCUACAGAUUGGCGAUAA